AUGGAGUUCAAUCUGAAGCAAUGGAGAGAGAGGCAGCAGGAAUCAGAAGAAGAAGAACUACAUUCUGCAAAGUUUCCAAGACUUCUCCUUGACUCUUAUCCACUACACCAGCAACCUUCUGGUUCAUCUGCAGUACUCCCAUUGUUUGUACCAGCUGAACCCACUACCAAUAUGUCAGCAUACCGUUCUGAUGCAACCACCAAAUUUCCCAGGAUGGAGAGUACCUUCAGCUUGGCCCAGAGGCAGGAAGUUGAACUGCAGGCAUUAAUCUUCAGACAUAUGUUGGCUGGUGCUGCUGUUCCUCCUCAACUUCUCCAUCUACUCAAAAAAAGUCUUAUAACUUCUCCUUCUCCAUAUUUAUUCUCCCAACAGUCCUAUCCCCAUUACCAGACAACUUUGCGAACGGGGUACUGGGGAAGAGGAACCAUGGAUCCGGAGCCAGGCAGAUGCCGGAGAACUGAUGGCAAGAAAUGGAGGUGCUCAAGGGAAGUGGUGACUGGGCAAAAGUACUGCGAACGCCACAUCCAUCGCGGUCGAAACCGUUCAAGAAAGCCUGUGGAAAAUCCCACAUCUGAAGUCCUCAAGACUACUAGUUUUACUCUUUCAAAGCCUUCUCCAUCCAUGGAUCUUCUUCACCUUAAUCAAAGGUCUUCAGAAUCCAUAAUUGUCACAAAGGGUCCAUUCGAAGCCAACAGUGAUUGUAAAUCCGAUGGCCAAACCCUUUGCCAUUUCUUCAAUGAAUUGUCUAGACAAGAAACUGGCAAUGCCGCUAGUCCUGUGGCUACGGCCACUAACUUGUCCAUUUCGAUUGCGGAAAACCCUUCAUCCGACUUCUCAUUGAAGCUCUCCACUGGGGAUAUGGAUGACUCUGGACCUCGAGCUGUACACACUGAAAGGGAUAGGCCUCAGCUGAAUUGGGGUGCAACGUGGAGGCCUAAUCCGGUGGCUACGAUGGGAGGGCCGCUCGCAGAGGCAUUGAGAUCGUCUUCUUUCCCCGACUAG